UAACGGCUUCAAACCGAAAACAACAGGCAAGCGGUAAACGCGCGAAACGUCACCACCUAUAAAUUCUACAUUCUCCAUUCUCUGCAUUCGAUAUUCGCUUUCCCGUUGGAACCGUUGCAUUCGAACUGCAAACAAAGCGCGCGUGGCAAAACAAAUAAAAACGGCCCACACAAAAGACACAACUGAAGCGAUUCGUUUACGGUUUUUAUUAUUUUUUGAGCGUGCGUGAUCGAAAGUGAGAAGAAAGUGCAGCGACAAUGGCGUUCAUGAUGCCGGUUAUGAAGAACAAUUAUGAUAUAUACAAGGACACGCGCUCCCGCAAGACCUCCGAGUGUUCCAAUGCGAGCAGUAACGGGACCACGGCCGUCGGCAGUGCCUUGGGCACACCGACAGCGGCCACCGGUAACCAGCAGCAGCAGCAGCAGCAGCGACGCCGCAAGGUGUCCGAAUGCAAGUCCGAGAGUUUCGCCACCUCCCCCUCACACGGUCAGCUGGGUGGUGGUGGCAGCGGUGGUCACCGCAUGCAAAUGCAGCGGUGCCAGAGUUCGCGUGCCUUCCCGCGCAACGCAUCGCGGAGCUCGAAUGGAUCCAUGAUGCUUAUUAUGUCGCCAACGCGGUCCAGCCCCCUCAGCCGUACGCAAACGGCCUCGGCCCUGGAGCGCCAGGCAGCGGCGACAGCUCAAAGUCAGAACCAGAAUCAGCAGAGCCGCCAGCAGAGUAACGGUAAUGGUAGCGAUGUGAAUGCGUCAGCGACCGCCAGCAACGAUUAUACAAAAUUCCACUUGCGACUUGUUGACAAGUUGCGCAAAUCUUUCCGCAAGGACAACGGCAAGCGCUCUUGAGAGCGGGCCCAUCAGCAGCAGCAGCAGAACAGCAGUAUCAACAACAACAACAACAGCAACAACAACUACAAUGCCAGCGGUAGAGCUGUACGUCGCCCCAGCCACAGCAAGAACAACAGCAACAACCACGACUGGGAUGAAAUAGAAGCCGCAGCAGCAGAGGACAAAGAAGGAGAAGCAGUACCUGUGCGAGGGGGAGGAAUGAUCAGUCGAUUAGGACGACGCUUCAGGCGCUACUAUAAAUUCUUCUCCCACGCCAACGCUGUGCCGCCGCAGCUGGCUUUGCAACUGGAGCUGGACAGAGAAGCGACCAGCAGCUCUGUCGAACAGCUAACAGGCGGCGGCAGUCCCUACCGUCGACGUAACCGUCGACGCAGCAGCAUCGGCAGCGCCAGUCGGCUAAAGAUGCGUGUCCGCCGCUCCACCUCCUCGCCAGAUUAAGGAAAGGUACAGCAGACAGCGGCAGUGCAGCAGCAAACGAAUGCAGCGAAGGUAACACAAAGAGAAAGAGAACAAAAUGUGAGUGGAGGAGAGUGGAUCGGCGGGAGACCGAUGCGAGUGAGUGAGUUGGCGAUGGUUGGAGGGCGGUUGUUUUGCUGUAAUAAAUAAAUUUUAAACACUUUUUUUUUGUAUUCGGUGUACAAAUGAAAACCAUAACUGUAAAUGUAAUUUAAAUAUUAUAAUAUGUAUGUUUGUACGUGUUUAUAUGUAUGUGUGUGGGGCAAGGCUUCCAAGUAGUGGUAAUAUGUAGAUGACCCCCCGCCCACGCAUUGCGACGUUGCUUUGAUACAACUGAAAUUUACACAAAAUAAAUUUGCAACUGCCAAAUUGCAUUGUAUAACAGUAUAACAGUAUGAAAAAAAAUCCACGCAAACACACA